AAUACGGGUAGGAAACAAAAAUAACGAAUACUUGAAGGUCCAAAGUGGCGUGAUAUUCACCUUGCUAAUGUGUUUGUGUUAGUAUAUUUUUGUCCAGUUUAUUUAGUUAGUCUUAACAUUCCACAAUGAGUAGAUAUAUCCUUCCUGCGUCUAUAUUCGGGACUGUUUUUGGCGGUGCAGUACUGCUAAAGAACCAUUUGACAGGAGGCACCUGCCCAAGUAAAGCCAGGAUCCCUGGAAAGACGGUGGUUAUAACUGGAGCCAACACCGGGAUUGGGAAAGAGACGGCCCGAGAGCUGGCCAGGAGAGGAGGAAGGAUUAUUAUGGGAUGUCGAGACAUGGGGAAGUGUGAAGAAGCAGCACGUGAGAUCAGAGGUUCCACCCUGAACCCUCACGUUUACGCCAGACACGUUGACCUGGCUUCAAUUAAAUCCAUACGGAGCUUUGCUGAGAAGAUCAACCAGGAAGAGGAACGAGUGGACAUUCUGAUCAAUAAUGCUGCGGUGAUGAGGUGUCCUCCAGGGAAGACCGAAGAUGGCUUUGACAUGCAGCUUGGAGUCAACUACCUAGGCCAUUUCCUCCUGACCAAUCUGCUGCUGGAUAAGCUGAGAGACUCCGCCCCCAGCAGAGUCAUCAACCUGUCGUCUUUGGCGCACAUCAUUGGCGAGAUUGACUUCGAGGACUUGAACUGGGACAAGAAGACGUUUAACACGAAGAAGGCGUAUUGUCGGAGCAAACUCGCCAUCGUCCUGUUCACACGAGAGCUCGCACGCAGGCUCGAGGGUACUGGGGUCACGGUAAACGCCCUGCACCCUGGAGUCGUCGCCACAGAGCUGGGUAGACACACAGGCAUGCACCAAUCGCAGUUCUCCAGCACUGUACUCAGUCCGUUCUUCUACCUGCUGAUAAAGUCACCCGAACUCGGCGCCCAACCAAGCGUUUACCUUGCCGUCGCCGAGGAGCUGACGAGCGUGAGCGGUCGUUACUACGACGUUAUGAAGGAGAAAGAGCCCGCCCCUCAGGCUCUGGACCAGGAAGUGGCAGUCAAACUCUGGGAUAUCAGUGCUUCUUUGGUGGGUUUAGAGACCACCGUUUCUGUACCAACCUCUUCUCCAGAGACUGUAACGCCUGUUAAAGUUCUGCCCGAGGAGAUUCAGACACACCAGUCAGAGCCUACCGCUGCUUUGACGAACGUGUAAGACUGACGUGACCGGCAUUACGGACCAUAACACUGCUAUGAUUGUGUUAAAUGACUUGAUUUGUCAGUCUAAACUGUUUAAGGUGCUUUCUUUGGAGGUCACACAAACCAAGCAAAGACCUGUAAUAUGUAACAAUAACAGUCUUUUUACAAUACACUUAAGGUGGAACUACUUUUUCCUGUUCCAGGGGUUACUAAUAAAAGUAUUUAUUUAAAGCAACGUUCACGGUUUCUAUGUGUUAUCGGGAAUAUAACUUUGUGUUGAUGAUGAAAUGUUUUACUAGUCAUUACUUUAUUAUAGGAAGGCUCACAUUAUAGGUUCGUUUUCCUAAUGUAAAGCAACGUAACACUUGGAGGAAAGUGCUAGCUACCGUCUUCCACAUACACGAGCCCACAGAUUGGCUAAUCCCGCUGUGAUUGACAAAUGAGAGAGAGAGAGAGAGAGAGAGAGAGCGCGCGCGCGCAUGCCGUCCCUCGGGUUUGUGAUGUAGUUUGAUGCACAUAAAGUUGAUUUAUGGAAAGUUGAUUCAUGAUUAUCAGAUUAUUAUCAGAUUGCUUUUAUUUUUGACAUUUCAUAAACCGCAGUACUUUGUAGCCUACAAAUUUUACAUGAUCAUACACAGUGGGUAAUGCAUGUUUAUAAUAUUUACAGAUAUUUGCACGUUACUAAAACAGUGCAAGAAAGCACAAAAACAAAUGCUCCAUGCCCCAAUGCGCGCAGGCCACGAUGCACAACGUUAACCCAACUAAACCGUCAAACCCAACAAUUUACUAGGACUGACAUACGG